AUGCAACUGUGCAAUGCUCUGGUCCUUCUAGUCCAGCAGGCCAGCUUUCUGCUGAAAGCUGCUCUGCUGUCCAUCCUGCUGAGUGGCCUGCAGCACGUGCUGGCAGACUCAGAUGAGGAGGGCCCGACUGAGUGGCAGAUCUGGAAAAGCAGAUAUGGCAUAAGCUAUGAUGAAUUAGAUGACAUGGAAAGGAGAGUCAUCUGGGAGGGGAAUAAGCAGUUGAUUGAAGAAAACAACCGAAGGUUUCUCAUGGGGAUGAAGUCAUUCAGUAUGGCUAUGAAUAGAUAUGGAGACCUAACACAACAAGAAUACCGGGUUUUGCAAGGUGCCAAGAUGAAUGCUCAGUUUGUAAAGAGAGGGAAAGAAGUCUCAGCUCGAAGACUGCGUAACAUUGCAAGGCAUUUAGAUGGCUAUGCUGUUGACUACAGAAACAUGGGUUUUGUGACUGAGGUUAAAGAUCAGGGCUUUUGUGGGUCAUGCUGGGCCUUCAGCACUACGGGAGCUAUAGAGGCACAGCUGUACAAAAAGACAGGUCAGCUGAUAUCCUUGAGCGAACAAAACUUAGUGGAUUGUUCUAAAUCCUUUGGUACCUAUGGGUGCAGUGGUGCCUGGAUGGCCAAUGCUUAUGACUAUGUGGUCAGCAACGGGCUGGAGUCUUCAAACACCUACCCAUACACCUCAGUGGACACUCAGCCCUGUUUCUACGACAGCAGGCUUGCAGUUGCUCACAUCAGGGACUACAGGUUCAUUCCCAGGGGAGAUGAGCAAGCUAUGGCUGAUGCUCUGGCAACUAUUGGACCAAUAACAGUUGCUAUUGAUGCAGAUCAUGCAAGCUUCCUGUUCUACAGCUCAGGAAUAUAUGAUGAGCCCAACUGCAACCCCAAUAAUCUGAAUCAUGCAGUGCUGCUGGUCGGUUAUGGCUCACAAGAAGGCCAAGACUACUGGAUCAUCAAGAACAGUUGGGGAACUGGCUGGGGUGAAGGCGGCUAUAUGCGAAUCGUCCGGAAUGGCCAAAACGCUUGUGGCCUCGCCAGCUACGCCUUGUACCCUAUUCUAUGA